CGUUUUUCUUUUCUUUUCACAUUUAUUCAAGCCCAUUCCCCCCCCCUUCUCCUCUUCCCCACUUUCGGUUGUGGUCGUCAUUAUUAUGCAGCGUGGCGAUCGUGGUGGCUCCGGACGAGGCGACCGAGAUCGUCGAGGCGGAGGAGGGCGCGACCGAGACCGAGACCGAGACCAGGAUGACAAACCACGCGGCGGUCCAGUGCUCAAAGGCAACGAGUGGAAAUGCGAUUCGUGCACCAACAUCAACUGGGCAUGGCGCAAGGAGUGCAACCAGUGCGGGAUGAAGCGACGGUCGAUCGUCGAGGAGCGAACCGGUGCUGGCGGCGGAUACAACGAGCGCGAGAACGUCGAGUACCGCGACCGCCAAGAGGACGACGAGUACGAUGACUUUGGUCGCAAGAAGCGCAAGCCCCUCUCGGGAGCAGCGGUGGCGGGCGCAGCGACGACGGCGGGGACGGGACAUGCUGGCGGGCUCAAUGUGCAGUCAAACAACAGCAAGGACGACGAUCGCAGUAAUACCGAGUCAACCGAGGACCUGUUUGCGGAUAUCAAUGGCGAACGCGAGGGCGGUGAUGAUGAUGAUGAUGAUGAUGACGAUGAUGACGAAGACGUCGAUCUGUCAAAGUACGACUUUGACGCUGUUGCUCCUGAUUCAAGCGAAACCAGCAAACCCGCUCCAACGCGCGACUCUGGUGAUCGAGAGGACCGAUCGAGUGAGCGUUCAAGCAGUAGAAGCAGUCGAGACAGAGACUACGACCGAGACCGAGACCGCGACCGCGACCGCGACCGUGAUUACAGUCGAGACAGAGACCGAGACCGUGAUUACGACCGAGACCGCAGCCGUGGGUCUGGCAGUGAUCGUGAGCGAGAUAGAGACCGAGAUCGAUACCGAGACAGCCGUAGCGAUCGAGAUUCGCGCAGCGAUCGUUCGAGACGCGCGUCACGAAGCCGAAGCCGAAGCCGCAGUCGCAGCCGCAGCCGCAGCCGCAGUCGUAGUCGCAGCCCAUCAUCUCGACACUCUCGCUCUCGGUGAUUUGUUCCCCCGAACGCUCAGGUGUAAUACAGCGUGUUGAAGUUGCUUUUGUUUUUUCC